GAGGUCGGUCAUAUGAGCGUCACUUGUGUGUCGGAGCUGCUCCAGGGCGCCAUGUCUUGGUAAAGUUUAAGAUAUAAAGGAACAUGCAGUGGGGAUAGGAUGGCGCUACGUGAAUUCAUAACCUUUUCGUAAACUGACAAGGGUGCACCAUGACCUCCAAGUCAUCCAUACUGAAGGUCAUCCUGCUGGGGGAUGGUGGUGUGGGCAAGUCCUCCCUGAUGAACCGGUAUGUGGCCGACAAAUUUGACACACACCUCUUCCACACCAUUGGCGUGGAAUUCCUCAACAAGGAGCUGGAGGUGGACGGGCGCACCGUCACCUUACAGAUCUGGGACACGGCGGGCCAGGAGCGCUUCCGCAGCCUGAGGACGCCCUUCUACCGCGGCUCCGACUGCUGCCUGCUGGCCUUCAGUGUGGACGACAACCAGAGCUUCCUCAACCUGGCCAACUGGAGGAAGGAGUUUGCCUACUAUGCGGACGUGCGUGAGCCCGACCGCUUCCCGUUUGUGGUGCUGGGCAAUAAGGUGGACGUGCCCGAGAGGCAGGUGUCACUGGACGAGGCCCAGCGGUGGUGCCGCGACAACGGCGGGCACCCGUACUUCGAGACCAGCGCCAAGGAUGCCACCAACGUGACGGCGGCCUUCGAGGAGGCCGUACGCCGCGUGCUGGCCUCCGAGGAGAGGGCAGAGCAUCUGCUGCCGUCCGACACGGUGGAUCUGCGGAGGAAGGCGCGCUCCAGCCCCCCCUGCUGCUGAGGAGAGGGACUGCACAGUCAGGACAGUUGUAGUGAGAGAACUGUCAGAAUACUGUAAUCAGAAAACAUGGCCGGACUACAACUGGCGAAAAAAAACUGAUGAAAGGACAUGCUGUGAAGCUUGGCCUACAGCUGUCACCCUCAGAAGGCUUGGCUGUUAGCUCUGUAAUGUAGUUUCAUAUGCUUCCAACGUGCCAAGGAUGAACACACUGCAUCACACACCAAGUUAACAAACGUGUAGAUACAGACACCUGGCCCACAUUGGAUACUUUCUGAUGAACUGCAAAUGCACUCCCAUAUCAAGACAGCCUCUCUCUCUCUCUCUCUCUCAAACACACACUAUACACACACACACACACAAACACAGACAAAAUGUUCCUGUGUCACUGUACAUGAUGACACACAUGUACUCAUGUUUUUAGGGGUCACACUGUCAUACAGUAUAUUUUGAAUAUCUGAGUUUGUGUCCUUUUGAAGGAUGAGAAAGACUGUGCGAAAUAUAUGACAAAUCUACUUUAUUUUUUAUUUUAUUUUUAUCCAGUGGAUUUUCUGAGAUGUGUCUUGUUUUUGAAUAACAGUGCUGCUCACAGCAUGGAGUGUAUGCUUAUAAUCAAAGUAUCAAAAGAAUAGACACUAAUGCAAGAGCCAAAACUUGCAUGAAACUCUCAGUAGGUCACUUCUGUGCAAAUGCAUAUUAUAGAUAUUAACUCUGUUCACUUCUGUGCAAAUGCAUAUAGAUAUUAACUCUGUUCACUUCUGUUGUUCUGUUGUUGUGCAAUUGUUGAUAUUUGAUCCUGCAGCUACAUGUUGAUUGGCUGGAAUUGUUCAACAUGUUCUCAACCAUGUUUGCUUUGCAUGAACAGCAUUUACAGAGCCAGGACACUAUACAGACACUGGAGUUUUUGAAGUGUAUACACUGAAUGGACAGCUUGAAUUUCCCCUUGGGGAUCAAUAAAGUAUCUAUCUAUCUAUCUAUCUAUCUAUCUAUCUAUAUGGAGCCACUUGGGGGACACUAGUGCACUCCAGUGACAAUAGCCCCUAGGGGCUUCAUGAAGCUAGACUGUGAUGAGAAAUUUGCUGAAUAUGUCAAAAAUGUAUUUGAUUAGAAUCAUGGACCGCACCUUUAGUCUACCUAUUGUACAGUAAUGUAUGUAUGUGCAUUAUAAUAAUUAACAGUUAUGCAAUAAACAGUCAGUAAUGUGGUUAUUAAAGAUAAAAAAACUUUUCAGUUG